AUGGCUAAACAAAACUUGAUACCGACCGUUUUGCUCUUGUCCUGUGCGUUGCUGGGAGGUUAUGGGGCUAUGUAUGCCUCAUUCAGAGACGGCUUCUUCGAUGCUCUAAGAGACUGUGUCUACCCCAGCCCAACAAGGCCAAGCCACUGCAAACUCCAUGUUCCUCAUGCUUCUCAAAUGCCCAAAUUCACUGGAGUGCCAGUUCUUGACGAAAAUUUUGCCCUUUUAGUCGAGUUCUUCCAGCAAGGUUUGCCGAGAAUGAAUCCCGGCGGGAUAGAGAGCUUCGAGGACAUAGUAGCCACGCUCUGCUGGACUUCUCAAUAUGGUGCUAUCUGGACAAUGGUCUCUCUUGAGGGAUUGAGAAAGGGCAAUAAAGGCACCGCUGCCGCCUAUACUGGUGUAUGGGGAAUGAUGUUCCAACUUCUCACGGUCACCAUUUUCUCCCCAAUCUAUUACAUCUCUCAGUUAUAUCUAUCACCCGCUCAAAUAAGUCAGGCUCACGCAGCAGUCGACCUAGAAGACCUUGAAGCACUUCCCAAAACAAUUGCCCUCACUUAUCUUCUUCCAACCUUGGGCCUUAUUCUCCCGCUCUUUGGUCUUAUGUCGCCCAAGGUUGCUUAUUACGCCAUUAGCGUAUGGCAGCUUUUUCCGUUGCUAAAAUCAGCCGUCCAUCCUUUGGUGCGCUCUAGAAAAACAUUGAAGGAGGGCGAGAAAAGCAUAGUUGUUGAUCAAGGCGGCGACGGCUACAAGAGAGCUCUGAACAGGGUGUACAGGUUCGCUCUAUUACUGGCCGCGAGUACAUACUUCUUACACUUCAGCUCCAUCUUACUCAGGUCACAGUCAAGUCUCUCGGCUACCUUGAAGGGAUUCUUCAUUCCGGGGUCUCUAUCGCAUCCUCCCACGUUUGCUUUAUUCAACCCCCCCGUCUCAGCAUCCGCCGGUCAGGACAUCGUCAUCACUUUCCUCAAAUGGGACCUUUAUUGCGCCGGUGCCGCGCUAUUGAUAUGGUCAUCCACACAUGCGUCCCGAGUUCUCGACGGCUCUGAAAUGCCCCGGACAAUUGCAAAGCUCCUCCCGUUGAUGGCUUUGGGUGGACCCGUCGCCACAGCUGUGGCCUUGCUGCGCCAGCGAGAUAUGAAACUACUCUCUAGGCCGAAUGCUACGAACUCGGGUAAAAAGAAUAAAUAA